UGUGUGUACACAUCAACAACAGUGGGAGAUAUAAUCAGGAAGAAGACAUUUUAUGACCCUGUGCAACAUAUUUAGUUGUCGAGACGGUUUUGCUCGUGUUUAUGUUGUAGGGCACUACGAUAUGGAUAGAACUUCCUGGACUGUGUGUGCCAUACAUGCGCUUGGGUAUCAUGGGAGAGCUUGCUUUACCAAAUGUACGUGCGACGAGCUUCCGUGUCCACUCAUCACGUGGCUCGUGUCUGAACUGAAAUCAUCUUGCCCUGAUGCUGAAGGGAAGAAUGUCACUGGAACUGUUCUUGCAGGGGAUCUGAGGGCAUAUCUGAAAGAGAUGUCCUGUCCAUACACUACAUUAAUUUCAGAGACACUGACUCCAGCCAACCUCAACCAGAUCACUGAAUUCCUGGUGUCAGAACUACAAGCUGCUUACAUGAUGAAGUACAAAGAAAACCACCCAGAGGAUAGAGAAUUGUGUUGUGAAUCUGUGAAAGACCGUAGAGAGGAAACGCAAGAUGGAGCAGAGAUUUUGGGAAAGAUUGAACAGUUUGUAAAACAAGAUGAUAGAGUGGAUAGCAAGGCAGAAGAAUCCAACAGAGAGUUGUCUCUACUUCUUGAGGCCCUAAGUAUGGCUACGUCUUCCAAUUUUACUGAUAUACAGAAUCAGGUGAAAUCAUCUUUGGCUAAGUUGCCAGAAGGUGAUAUUCCAAAGCCAUUGCUGAAUACUGAACUGAACUGUGAUCAGUGGAGACAAAUUGAAAAAUUGAAUGAAGCCCUUGCUACAGACUACAAAUGUCGGCGACAAAUGAUGAUGAAACGAUUUGAAGUCACUCUUCAAUCAUUUAUGUGGGGGGAGAGAGGGAAGGACCGUGCAAAAGCGGUGGCGUCCCUGCCUCCCCUCUUGCUGUCUGGCGAGUCCCACGUCUCCCUCUCCCGACUGCUGGCAGCUCGAGAGGAUCAGUCGCGAAUAUUGCCAGUCAGAGCAGGACCCUCGACAGCAGUCCAUAAGGUCUUAAUGGGCAGUGUGCCAGACAGAGGCGGCAGACCUGGAGAGAUUGAGCCCCCUAUGCCUGACUGGAAGAGAGAGAGGGCACACGGAGACAAUUCCCAGAGAAAAUACAGACCUAGAAAGAAGAAUCGGAAAUGACAAAAAUUAAGGAAAAGCCUCUAUAAUGCUAGAAGGAAGGAAGAUUCAAAAUUAUGUUAAUAUGAUGAAAUAUGAGUAACUCUACAAUUAAGUUGACUCUACAAUUAAGAUAAACAUGGAGGACAUGCAUUUCUAAAAUGCCAUGCAUUAAAUGGUAGCUCAAAGCUCUGUUUUGUUUAACAUGUCGGUGGACAUGAAGCACUAUGUUUAAUAUUUUUCUCCCUAAAAUAUUGUUUAAACUGACUACCAUUUUAUACAUGUCUUAAUUGUACAUUUCAAUUAAAAAGACAUUAUGUACAUAA